AUGGGUAAAGCUAGAGAUAAAGCUUUAGUGCCGAUGCUAGAGACCAUUGCCAAACUAGCAAUGGUUCGUAUAGCCAAGAGAAGUGCCAAAGCUAUUAACCACCAAGGGAUUUGUACUUCAUAUGUGAGUAAGUACCUAGCUGAGUUGCUUGAGGAUGCUUCGAAAUGCAUUGUCCAACCCUCUACCAACAUGCAAUAUUAUUUAAGACUUCACGGGUGUGCUUAUCGAGUUGACUUGACGGCGAGGACCUGUAGCUGCAGAAGAUGGCAAAUCACUGGGAUCCCCUGUGAACAUGCAUACGGUGUGAUGAUCAAGAAGGGUAUUGAAGCUCAGCAUUACGUUUGCCAUUGGUUUAGGACUGAGAUGUGGAGAGAUACUUACACAGAUGGUGUUAUUCCAGUUAGAGGUGCUCGUUUUUGGCCUGUUGGAGAAGAACCGUCCAUUGUUCAACCUGUGGUGCCAGAUAUGCCUGGUCGGAAUAAGGCUUCUCAAGGUGAAUCAUCAUCUCAGCCUGAAUGUUCACAAGGAGUACUUACUCAGCUUGGGGAAUGA